ACCCUAAAUGUCGCCACGUUUGCGUCUCCAUCCCGGAAUAUGACGCUGGUAGCUCAUUAGCUCCAUUCAAGCCUACAAACUGCAUCACCCUCCUCCUCUGCCCAGACCUGGGGGCUCCAACACCUUUCGCUAGGUCUGGCUGUGGCCUCUGAGCGAACCUUCCGUACAGUAUGGCGGCUCCCGAAGCCCCGCCCCAGGACAGAGUUUUCCGUACAACAUGGCUGUCUACAGAGUGCGAUUCCCAUCCACUUCCGCCCAGCUACCGGAAGUUUCUAUUUGAAACCGAGGCGGCAGACCUAGCCGGUGGCACGACAGUUGCUGCAGGGCAUCUUUUGAACCAGAGCGACAAGGACUGCGGGCAGGACCGGCGGGCUCCUGGGGUUCAGCCGUGCCGCCUCGUUACGAUGACCAGUGUGGUUAAGACAGUGUAUAGCCUGCAGCCCCCCUCUGCGCUGAGCUGCGGCCAGCCCGCAGACACACAAACUCGGGCCACUUCUAAGAGUCUCUUACCUGUUAGGUCCAAAGAAGUCGAUGUUUCCAAACAGCUUCAUUCAGGAGGUCCAGAGAAUGAUGUUACAAAAAUCACCAAACUGAGACGAGAGAAUGGGCAAAUGAAAGCUACUGACACUGCCACCAGAAGGAAUGUCAGAAAAGGCUACAAACCACUGAGUAAGCAAAAAUCAGAGGAAGAGCUGAAGGACAAGAACCAGCUGUUAGAAGCCGUCAACAAGCAGUUGCACCAGAAGUUGACUGAAACUCAGGUAGAGCUGAAGGACCUGACCCAGAAGGUAGAGCUGCUGGAGAAGUUUCGGGACAACUGUUUGGCAAUUUUGGAGAGCAAGGGCCUCGAUCCAGCUUUAGGCAGUGAGACCCUGGCAUCAGGACAAGAAUCCACUACUGAUCACAUGGACUCUAUGUUGCUGUUAGAAACUUUGCAAGAGGAGCUGAAGGUUUUUAACGAAACAGCCAAAAAGCAGAUGGAGGAGUUACAGGCCUUAAAGGUAAAGCUGGAGAUGAAAGAGGAAAGAGUCCGAUUCCUAGAACAGCAGACUUUAUGCAACAAUCAAGUAAAUGAUUUAACAACAGCCCUUAAGGAAAUGGAGCAGCUAUUAGAAAUGUAAGAAGAAGCAAGUGGCCAGAUGGGUCCCUCUUGGGCAUAAAAUCUCAGAGGAAGCCACUUAGGACAUCAUCUUGGCCAUGAUCUUCUGGGACUCAACCAUCUGCAGAAUGAAAACAAUUUCUACAGUAGACUUAAGGACAGUUUAUGCUGAAAUGGCAAUUCCUCAUUUAAGCAAGUUUUCCCAACCUUCAGAUUGGUCAGCCCUCCUGAGCCUCACAGGUGGAUAAUUGAGGCCUAUAAGAGAGGGGAGCCUAGGAGCUUGGAUUGACCUUCUAGUCAACCACCUGACUCCAGCACACCAUUACAAUCGGGAGACUAGACCAACAACCAGAGGAUCUAAAAGGUCACAUUCAGAUUUUCAGGAAGAAAAUCUUCAUUACAGUGGAGCACAAGUAUUCCAUACAAGACAUCAUUGAGGAGCCAUGCUGUCCCCUUCUAACCUGAAACACAUUCUGUCCCAUCCUGGUUGGGCUUCUGUACCUUCUUAUUAAUUUAUGAACCUGAAGUUGCUUUUGAAGUGUUUUGGGCUUAAUAAAUGGGGUGAAAGUAUAGGUAGCAGUAACACCUACAUGAAACAAUACACCUUGGAUCUUUUAAUCUAAAUUACUUUUUUUUUAAGCCUACUUUUAAAAUAAAUACUUCUGUAAAUAUUCUGACUGUAACAUUGAGGAAUGAAAAUAAAUACUUCUGUAAAUAUUCUGACUGU